CAUCUUCCCAAUAGCUUCCAAGAUAACGAGGUCUUGUCUCCCCCUUAUCACUUCCCUCGUGAAAGUCCGAGUUACAGCCAUGGCAGACACGGAGCAUCCAUCGGUCACCAAUUUCCGGAAUUAUGUAAAGAUAAAGACUGUACAGCCAACCCCGGAUUAUGCAAGCUGCACAGAGUUCUUACUCGAGCAAGCAAAGGAGCUUGGCGCUGAGUCCCAAGUGGUUGAGUGUGUCCCUGGGAAGCCUAUAGUAUUGAUGAAGUUGGUGGGAGAGGACCCAUCCCUGCCAUCAGUCCUACUCAACUCUCAUACAGACGUUGUUCCUGUGUUUCCAGAACACUGGAAAUAUGAACCAUUUAGUGCACAUAAAGAUGAAAAUGGUGACAUCUAUGGACGAGGAACGCAAGACAUGAAGUGUGUUGGAAUUCAGUACAUGGAAGCACUUAAGGAAUUGAAGAAGAAAGGCCAUAAGUUCCUUCGCACAAUUCAUCUUUCCUUUGUUCCAGAUGAAGAGAUUGGAGGUAAGAAUGGCAUGUCUGAAUUUAUCAAGACUGACAUAUUCAAGAAGCUGAACGUUGGAUUUGCCUUGGACGAAGGCUAUGCCAACCCGACAGAGAAGUUUACAGUAUUUUAUGGAGAAAGAGCACCAUGGUGGGUUUUCGUAAAGUGCCCAGGUCAGCCAGGUCAUGGCUCACAGUUCUUGCCCAACACUGCUGGUGAGAAGCUGCGAAAGGUUAUAAACUCUUUCCUCAAGUACCGCGAUGAACAGGAACACAAACUGAAGGAAAAUGAGGAUAUUCGGCUUGGUGAUGUAACAUCAGUAAACCUAACAAUUUUGGAGGGUGGUGUGCAGUUCAAUGUUGUGCCUGCAGAGCUAUGCGUUGGCUUUGACAUUCGUAUCACACCAACACAAGACCUUGGAGAGUUUGAAGAGAUGAUCAAGGGCUGGUGCAAGACAGCUGGCAAAGAUGUUGUAUAUGAGUUUAGGCAGAAGGACAUGUGUCAGAAUAUCACAUGUGUGGAAGAUGGCAAGUCUAUUUGGUGGGAUACAUUCUCAGGAGCUUGCAAGAAAGAGUAAGUUAUGAACCCUUCUUUUUUUUAGUAUU